AUGAGCUACGGUAAUUUCGUUGCCAAUACAACAGUUCCUGAUGCAUCAUUUCAACAAGCGACAAGUACUAUUGAGUCUAGUAGCUCAACAACAACUACUCCAAUGAAUUCCGUACCAAACGCAGCUUAUAUCAAAGCAAUAGCGUCUGUACCAUCACUGUCAAGUACUUCGCUUUGGAAUGAUUCGAACUGUUUUUGUGUGUUUGGUCGUACACCUAAUCUAUUAGAGUGUUCACCGACGUUACGAGAUCAUCCGUCAGCUGCACUUUCUGAUACAAAUACUGAUUCAAUAAAUAUAACAUUAAAUAGUUGUUUAUUUAAUGCAAAUCAUUUUACUCUUCCAACAAUCAAAGAGAAACCUAUCAAUCGAUUACAUUUAAUCGAUGUUAAUCGUGGAGGUUAUCUUGUAUUUGAUGCUACAUCAUUUUCAACUUAUAAAAUAGAGCAUUUAUCUAUAGAAUAUAAUUAUGAUAAUUCAUCUACAAAAUUAUUAAUCUCAAAAGAAGCAUUUUCAUCAAUAUCCAUAAGGUCAAAAUUACGUAGACUUUCUUUGAAGAACUGUUAUCUAAUCGAAUUAAACAACCCAAUGAGAGAACUACUUUCACUCAAUUCAAUUGAAUUAACUAGUAUUCAUGGAUUUUCUUGGUAUGAUUUUCGACAAGAAAUAAAAUAUUUACCAAGUUUAGCGUAUAUUAAGAUUGACGAAAUUGAUUCCACACCGAUAAACACUAUUUUUAAUGUGUUAUCUUGUCAAGAUAUAUUACCUCGAUGGAUAUUAACUUUUCGUCUAAUACAAACAUGUAGUUGUGAAUUUAUGGAAUUUUUAAAAGCAACUCCACACAAUGAUAGUGAAUUUCGCUGUGGCAAUGAAAUUAAAGAUAUUGUCAUUCGUGACGAUGUAUGUCGAUUUAAUGGAAGCGUAUAUGAAAUUAAAAAUCGAAAAGAGCAAUUUUGUAAACAAUGUGUAUCUUCUAAAUGUUCUGAUCGAACAUUCUGUACAGAAGCAAAUGAUUUUGAAUCAGAUUGUGUUUCAUCGUCCAGAUUUGCUGAUGCCAGUCUUCUUAAUCGAGUACCGAUGACAUCCUAUACAAAACCAUUCAUUUUUCAAGAAACCCAGCAAUACCUUACUACUAAUACUAAUAAAAGUCUUGAGCCAGGAGCAUUUUAUUCAGUUGCAACGAUCUUAGUUGAUGCCAAUCAAAAUGCUACAGAAAAUUCACCUACUGUUACGCGUAUGUUUCAUGAAACGUUUACUAAAAUGCUUAAUAAACCGUGGACAGAAGACAUUUUUUCGUCAACAAUAUACGACACACAAGCAGCAGCAUUGUUACCAUCAGCAACAGUAUCGUCAACAACAGAAUCACCACCAACAAACAUCUGGCAGGGAUUAAUCACUUCUCUGGAUAAAUCGGUGAAAAAUAUUCCGGAUAAUACAUCAAAAUUUGAAUAUUAUAGUAAACCUAUAUCAACAAUGAGUCUACGUUUCCCAACAGAACAACAACCAAAAGAAACAUUUGGUUGGAAAAUAACAAACGAUAAUAGAAUAAUAUCAAAUAUCACAGAUGAGCAAUCGAUUGAUAAAACCGUUACAUCACGUGUGUUUCUUAACUUUCAUCAUAAUCAAACAUUUAAAUUCACUUGUAAUAUAUCGGAUCCAUUAAACAAUUGUGCAAAUCGUUAUUCAAUAAUGGCAAUUAAAGCACAAAAAUUAUUUUAUAAAACAGAUCGAAUUCCACAAUACGAUGUUAUUUCAGUAGUUGCACCGACACAAAAUCAGUCUGUUACAUUUUGUUUCGAUCAAAAAGUAUCAUCAAAUGAUGCAUCAGAUCGUUCAAGCAAUCAAAUCAAUGCGAUCAAAGUAGAUCCAUUCUAUGAUAAACUUGGUUCUAUCAUUAUAGGUACGUGUAUGUAUUUAAAUACAACGGCGAUGAUUUGGGAAACCGACGGCUGUUUAACAGAUCGGAAAUUAUCAAACAGUACUUCCGUAACAUGUACAUGUGAACAUCUAACAAUGUUUACAGUGUUUUUUUCAUUAACAUGUGCAACUCCGUCAAUAUCAUUGGAAAUCUUAACUUGGAUCGGUUGUAUUCUUUCAAUUGUUGGUCUUUCUAUAACAUUAGUCAUGUUCAUUAUUAUGAGUCUAUGCCGACAAACAAAAUAUUCUAUUCAUGGAGCAUCAUCAUCAACUUCAAGUUUAAGUCAAGAACUUCGACGAAGACCUAUGGUAGAGAAAUGCUGUUUUGUAUUUUUUUGA